GGUGGACCGUUCAGACGCGGUCACACUGCGACUGAAGAGAAAAGAUUUGUACGGAAUAUAAAUAAAUUUUCGGCGAUAAACAACACAACUUGGGGAGAUUAAUUUUACACAAGCACCUGACAACAUGGAUCGCAAUAAUGGACGCUAUCCGUACAACAUUAGGCGGCAGAACAGCGGGCACGGUGCGCCGCACAGCUACCAUCACCACCACAACAACAAUUCGGCGGCGGGGGCGUCCAAUUCGCCGGGAUACAAUAACCACAGUGCCGGAAACUCUCCGUCCGUCGGUGGCCACAACAACAGCAAUCCGCUCUACGCCUCCGCCGCCGGACAGCAGCAGCAACAACAACAGCAACCACAGAGCCUGCCAAUCUCGCAGCACGACGAGCUCAUCCGGUACAUCCGGGAGGCAUGGAACAAGGUCUAUGAUCAGGGCCCACCUGUGCUAUACUGCAACGAAUCCGACAAUCAGCUGAAGAACUUCAAGCCAUUCGAUUUGGAGGAGUACUGGGGCCAGCGCCUGGUGCAGAACAUCCAUGUGACCACCACGCAGGCCGGUGGACACCAGUAGAAGCGGGAAUCUUAACAGCGGACAACGGCAUGUGCUUCAUGUGGUAACGAUUAAUUAAAUUAUACAUUUAAAAGGGUGCCAGCUUCCCCCCGAUUAUUGACUAAUUUCCAUGCUAUUGGAAUCUACAAUUUAUGUUUGCGAACUGCUUUGGACUCUUGUGUGUGUAAAAAUAACGAUUUAAAUCCACUGCCAGCUGAAAGGCAAACCAUGAUUCAAUAAAGUGUACAUUGGCAAACGACUUUUAUCCCUGGCACCCUGAAUCUAGCUUGCUAUCUGCAUUUAAGUGUUGUGCACUAAGCGCGCUUAAAACUUGACCAGAACAACAAUAAACAAUCUAGAGCGUAGACAAAUUAACAAGAA